AAAAAUAAUCGCCGUAAAAAGAGAAAAUAAAGUGAGAAGCAUUUAAUCAAUGGACAGGGAGUUAUAUUCCAUCAGAGAAUGGGCGCCUUUAACGGAUAUUUUGGAUCGCAUCAACCGCGAAUUGUUUCUAACCGAUUUAAAUAUUACUUGCUUUGAUGCUUUGGAAAAGUUCUUAGCUCUUGGCAGUGACGCUGGUAAAGUCUACUGGUACAACCGGACUUCCGGACAAGUACAAAAACUUAAAUCAGAUAGUACCCAUCCCAUAAAAUAUGUAAAAGUAGUAGAUUCGGUGGAGUACAUGGUUGCUGCGGGAAAUUCUGUUGGUCAAGUCUUUGUUUUUCAAAUACCAAAAGAAGUGCCGACCGAUAUAAAUUUAGUUGCGCCGUGUACACGUUCAAGACCCAUAGAACGUUAUGUCAUACGCGAUUUGCAUCAGGAUUCUAUAAGUUGCUGCGAAUGGUCUAAAAAUGGAAUGAAACUUUAUUCUGGCGAUCGUCAAGGGAUAGUUGUUCUUACAGAAUUCGACUACCAUGAACACAUCAGUAAAUCAGUAGAAAUUCUUAAUGAAGCCUACGAAAUUGUACAAAUGUCCGCCCAUAAAGGUUAUUUGCUGGUUUCGUCUUUAUAUCGUUCUAUAGUAUGCCAUCGGGCAAAUGGUGUCUGGGUUAUUACACAAAUUGGGAAAAAAGAUCGUAAACAAUUGAUACAUUGUGGAGGUACUUUUCUUAAGCAAAUCCUUAUUGAAAAUACGAAAAUUAUUUGCGGCCGUCCUAACUUACGUUUUUGGCUGGCUGAUAUCGAAGGUAAUGUAGAGAAAACGUUACUCUAUCGUGAAGCCAUUACGCGUAGUCCUACUUGGGAGAUUCCCAUGCUAAAUCCGAAAUCGUUAACAUUGCACAAAGCACAAAGUAAAGCAGAUCUUCCGGCUUCAGCUGAUGUCAAAAAUUUUCGUAACAUUUAUGCCUACGCUGGACAAGAUUCCUUAAUUGUUACACAUGAUGAGUCAGAAUUGUAUGUAUUAAAUUUAGAUAGCUUGCAAGUGGAGGCUGUAGCCAAAGGUUUUCGUAAAAUAAUUGAUUUCCGUGUAUGCGGCAAGGAAAUUUUUAUAUUAGAGGGACAAAGAACUCUCUUACGUUUAGCUCCUACGCCUGAGGAACCAAAUAAAACUGCCAGAAUAAUAUAUAAUCCCACACUGCCGCCUCCAGUACCAUUACUGAGCUCUACUACCAAUGAAUCUAUUGAAGCUCCCGUUGAAUAUGAACCGGAAGAACAACCGCUUGUGAAAGCUGAAGAAUGUUUUGAAUUGCCAUCGGUUGAACCCCUUACUUUCAAAAUACCUAUUGAGUUGGCAGUAGAAUCCCCUAGAGCAGAACAAAACCGGCGACUUGAAGUGUUCAAAGAAAUAUCCGAGAUGGAUUUUGAUGAACAUAUACUUCAUCGUAGCGGCGUAACUAUGAAGAUUCCACAUAAAAAAAAACUCAAAAAUCAACAAAAUUAUCACAAACAACCAGCGACAGGCAUUGUUGAAAUCGGUCACGACAUACAAGCAGACGAGCAAAUGAAUGGCGUUAACCGAAAGGAAGGUCUUAUUUCAAAGUCUACACGAAUGGAAGUCAGUUAUUGCAGCAACGACGAGGAAAGUUGCGCACUUUUUACGGAUUUGAAAGAAGCGUCCACACCAGAAAUACCUACGAUAUUAAGUCCAACGAAACAUUUCAUCGAAGAGGAGGCUAAAUUGUUAGCUGAAACAUUAGAUUUACCCGUAAUCAAUUUGCAGCCAAUUAGUGAUGAGGAGCUACAUUUAUCAAAAUGCUUGAUUCCAUUAUCAACCCCUCACGUCUCACAAUUGCCGCCUUUGGGCGCCGCUUAUCCCAUAUUUAAUCCUUUAAAGAAUGCAAGCAUGCAAACAACACCGCUAAAGGAAGUAUAUUAUACGGAAGAGCAGACCAUAACAGAUUACAGUAGUGGCGAGCCGAUUGAAGAUAUUUGUAAUACUUUGAGAACGACUUCAUUAGUAGAAAAUGAAGUUCCAGACACUAACAAAGUUGAAGAAGAUCAAAAGGAAAUAACCACUAAAAAUAAGCCGCAUAAUAGACCAUUGAAAUUUAUCACUACGAAGCCGGAUAGUGAAUAUGAGGGAAAUAGUUUUUCAUUGAAUUUCGACCGAGUCAAAGAUACACUAAGCCAUCGUAAAAGUCCACCUCAUACUAAUUCAGACAAUUCUUCCUCGAGUGAAUGGGAAUUUGUGGAUAAUAAUUAAUAAAAGCGCUUAAAAAUUUAAUUUAAAUUUGAAAAUUAAAAAUGCAAAAAAGAUUAAAACAAUGGCGAGAAUUAACUAUUAGAGUAAUGUGCUUAUAUUCAUUCAUGUGCAAUCAAGAAGGCAUUUUGAAAAAUUCAUUCUAAAAGUCAGCAAAUGGCUGAUGAUGUAUUAUUUAUUUAUCCUUAUUGUUAAUAUAUUUAUUUAGAAGAAUCUAUUUAUCACUACGUAUCAAGAUGCAUUUUCAAGGUGUUAUUGGAAGCACGCAAAUCACAUUCAAUCAACUGCUUAAAGUAAUGAAUCAAGUUUCUACUCUUUUAAUAAACUUAUUUUCGAUUUUAUUGUAUCAUUAAGUGCGU